AUGGACAACGUCAAGCCGCCCAUCGCAGCGGACCGGGGUGAUGAUGGAGAGCGGGAUCAGUGGAAAGACAGUCCUGCAAAUCCAAACAACUGGAGUCUUUACAAGAAACUCUACCACACGAGUAUCUGCGCGACAUAUGCCUUUACCAUUACAUUCAUGUCCUCCAUCUACUCUUCCGGCUACAGACAAGUGAUGCAAAAAUACCACGUCUCUUCGACGGUUUCCCUCCUAGGAGUGUCUCUGUUCUGUCUGGGGUUGGCUUUUGGACCUAUCGUUGCGGCACCAUUGAGCGAGACAGUCGGCAGGCUUAUAAUCUACCGUCUCAGUCUACCAAUCGCCGCUCUGUUUCUGGUCGGGGCUGCGGUAUCAGACGGCUUAGCAUCGGUACUCGUCUGCCGGUUCUUUGCGGGUUUCUUUGGAAGUCCUGCUUUGAGCGUCGGUGGAGGAACAAUUGCAGACAUAUGGCAGCCACGGUACAGAAAUCGGGUCACCGCGGUCUUCGUGAUGGCGCCCAACCUCGGGCCUAGCUUAGGUCCAGUGAUAGGCGGCUUCGUCGAGGAACACAAGGGCUGGAGGUGGCUCGAAUGGGUCUCCGUCUUCCUCGCACUGUUGACGUACAUCUGGGCGGUGGGAAUGUCUGAGACGUACAAAAAGGCCAUAUUGAAGAAGCGGGACAAGUCCAAGGUGGAUCUGGAUGCGAAUGCUGGGGCAGAGUCUCUCCACGCCUCGGAUAUUGUCAAGGCCAUCAAGACCUGGAUGUUCACCACGCUCGGCAGGCCGCUCGAGAUGCAGGUGACGGAGCCGAUCGUUCUAUUUCUGAGUCUCUACGUGGCACUGAAUUUCGGCAUCCUGUACAACUUCUUCCCUGCAGUCCCUUGGUCCUUGUCUAGGACCUACGGCUUCGGUCAAGGCCAGUCAGGGCUCGCCUUUGUGGGCAUCACCAUCGGCUGCGUCUUGGCAACCGCCACGAGCAUCGGCAUAGACUUGGCUUUGCAAAGAAAGCGGAAGCUUACCCAAGAACCGCGUCCAAACCAGGUGGAAGAUAUCCUCUGGCCGGCAAUCCUUGGCAGCGUCGGGAUCCCAGUCGGCCUGUUUUGGUUUGCCUGGACGGUCAGACCGGACGUGCACUGGGCGAGUCCUGUUUGUGCAUUGAUACCGUUCGCGUGGGGCAAUCUUUGUAUCUUCAUCUCUGCCAUCAGUUACCUGGUCAACAUCUACGGACCUACCUUCGGUGCCUCAGCCACGGCCGCGAACGCAUUUGCUCGGUACGGAUUUGCAGCCGCUUUUCCUCUUUUCGCCGUGCAGAUGUAUGAGACUCUGGGCACGGGUAAAGCCACCAGCAUCUUGGGAGCUUGUUCCGUCGCAAUGGUGCCCAUCCCCUGGGUGUUGUAUAGAUGGGGGCCAUAUAUCCGCAGUCGAAGUCGCCGUGCGAACUAUCCGGGCUCGUCAUAG